AUAAUUCAAUUAAAUAUUAAUAUAAAAUCUUGUUUUGACUUUUAUUUUAAAAAUUCUCCAUGAAAACCCUAAUUUUAAUUUUAUUUCUAAGGUAAUAGAGUGUGAAUAACAGUAUAGUAAUCUCUAUUAUAGUAUUAUGUAAUAACUUUGAUCUUCUCUAACUAUAAAAGUAGAGUAUACAUAAAAGAGGGACAGGCCUCCUGAAGAGGGAGAAGCUAGCUAGUGUACAUGCAAAUUGCAUCCGAGGAGUAUAUGUUUAGAGAGAGAGUGAGAUCAAUCCAGAGGAAAAAGUGACAGAAAGUGGUUCUUCGUUGUCUGUCUCUGUCCUAAACUCAGGAACCCUAGCUAAUCUCUGAAUCCAUCAAGAAAGCUACAUAACCCUCUGAGGAAAAGCUAGAGAAAGAAGAAAGACGAUGAACCAAAGUGGAACUAAUGGGAGAACAACAUACAGGCCUCCAUUUACACCAACACAAUGGCAAGAACUGGAGCAUCAAGCCCUAAUUUACAAGUACAUGGUCUCAGGUGUUCCUGUCCCUCCUGAGCUCAUCUUCUCCAUUAGAAGAAGCUUGGACUCUUCAUUGGUCUCUAGACUCAUCCCUCACCAAUCCAUUGGGUGGGGAUCCUACCAGAUGGGAUUUGGGACAAAAACAGAUCCAGAACCAGGAAGAUGCAGAAGAACAGAUGGUAAGAAGUGGAGAUGCUCAAGAGAAGCGUACCCAGAUUCAAAGUACUGUGAAAAACACAUGCAUAGAGGGAAAAACCGUGCCAAGAAAACUCUUGAUCAGAAUCAGACAACUGCUCCUUUAACAUCACCAUCUCUCUCUUUCCCCAACAAAGACAGCCCAAUAAGCCCUACCUUGUCUUCUUCUUCUUCAUUUCCUUUCAUUGACCUCUACAGUAGGUUUGGUGUUGGUAGUAGUAAUAGUUAUCCUUAUCCUUCUUCACCUAAACAGCAACAAACUCUUCAGCAUGCUUCUGCUUUGUCACUUCAUCAAAACACUUCUACUUCUCACUUCAAUGUCUUAGCUUCUGAAACUGACCACAAAGACUUCAGAAAUUUUCAAGGGAUUGGGGAGAGAACGUUUUUUCCAGAAGCUUCUAAAAGCUUUCAAGAGUCUCCAUACCAUCACCAACAAGCGUUAGCAACAGCAAUGAAUGAUUCGUACCACGGUAGUAGCUCUGAUCAUCAUCAUCACACAUACUCAUCCUCAUCAUCAUCAUCUCAACAUCAAGAUCAUCGUCAACAACAACCACAACAACAACAAUGUUUCGUUUUAGGAGCCGACAUGUUCAACAAACCCACAAGAACCGUCUUGACAAACACAUCGAGACAAAGUGAUCAAAAUCAAGAAGAGGAGGAGAAAGAUUCAUCGGAAACAAAGAAGUCUAUCCAUCAUUUCUUUGGUGAGGACUGGGCACAGAACAAGAAUAGUUCAGAUUCUUGGCUUGACCUUUCUUCCCAGUCAAGACUCGACACUGGAAGCUGAUUAAGGCCAGAUAGCAUCAAUGAUGGGUCUGCACCAACACACACGAGUUUGACAUGUUGAAGGGUCACAUUUCAUCUAUUUCCGUGGGACACUGAGACAAGACACUGUUUUCAGAGACCCUGUAUGUAUACAGUUAUGUAUGAUAUUUCAUUUUUCUAUAUGUUGUGUUUAGAGGUCGAACAAGAAUAGUGAUCCGACAUCUAUAUCUGUGUGUAACUGUGUGUCUCUGGCUUUUCCAGCUAUUUUUUUUCUUAUCGUUUUUGAUUUAUUUGGAUGUAGCUGAAAGAAACACUAUAUAUAUUUUGAUUAGUUUCUUA